CCUGUCAUCCCUGAGGGGGUCGGCGGGGUGCGGGUGGCGAUGCACCGCUGUCCCUCGCGCAAGGGCCGCGCCAGGCUCUUGUUCCCCGCCCCGCGGCCCCGCCCCUUGCCCCACCCCAGCCGGGAGACCUAGCCCCGGCCGCAGCGCAGCGGCCGCAGCAACAUCAGUCUCGCCGCCGCUGCUCCGCCCCAACCCCUUCUGUUUUUCUCCCAUUCUCCGGUGGUGGCGGCGGCGGGGAAGGCGCAGGAGAGGCAGCAGCAGCCAGCUGUGUCUGCAAUGAAUGAUCCUCCAGCCGGAGGGGAGGACUCCAGGUGAGCCUCUGCCCUCGGGGGGACCGGGAUUCCCUGACCGCCCAGGUCCCGCAUCCCCCGCCAUGGCUCCCUAGGGGAAAAGAAAAAGGAGGAGGAAAAGACAGCUCUGCCGCCCACCCCCAUCACAUUUUCCUCUUCCUUUAUCUCAUUGUUGCCGAAGCUGUUUACCGUAGCGCUCCCUCUUGCCCCAGUAUGGGGCGGGUUCCAGGCACUGCCCUUCGGCAGGAGCUGCUGGCGCGGUUGCCUGGGGAUUCUGCCUAAUUCUACCUCUCCAGUCCGUGCACUGAAAGCCGUGGAGAGCUGUGGAGGCCUGGACUGCAGCAGCCUCUGGGCCAACUCCCUGCAUCCGCACCCUGGGAGGCUGCAUGCGGAUUGAAGAGCGGUGUCUGGGGGCUGGGCCAGCCUGGCUGAUCCGGACCUAGGAGCAGGACAGGAGGACCUCCCAGGCUUCAGAGCGGCCCAUCUGGAAGGACAGAGCCGCAAGAUGGCCAGUAAGACCAAGGCCAGCGAGGCCCUGAAGGUGGUGGCCCGGUGCCGCCCCCUCAGUAGGAAGGAGGAGGCAGCAGGCCAUGAGCAGAUUCUGACCAUGGACGUGAAACUGGGCCAGGUGACUCUGCGAAACCCCCGCGCGGCACCCGGGGAACUGCCCAAGACCUUCACCUUUGAUGCUGUGUAUGAUGCUAGCUCCAAGCAGGCCGAUCUGUAUGAUGAAACCGUGAGGCCCCUGAUAGACUCAGUGCUUCAGGGUUUCAAUGGCACCGUGUUUGCCUAUGGCCAGACGGGCACCGGCAAGACCUACACUAUGCAGGGGACCUGGGUGGAGCCAGAGCUCCGCGGGGUUAUCCCCAAUGCUUUUGAGCACAUCUUCACCCACAUCUCCCGCUCCCAGAACCAGCAGUACCUGGUUCGUGCCUCCUACUUGGAGAUCUACCAGGAGGAGAUCCGAGACCUGCUAUCCAAAGAGCCAGGCAAGAGGCUAGAGUUGAAGGAGAAUCCCGAGACAGGGGUCUAUAUCAAGGACCUCUCCUCAUUUGUCACCAAGAAUGUCAAGGAGAUUGAGCACGUGAUGAACCUGGGGAACCAGACUCGGGCCGUGGGCAGCACCCACAUGAAUGAGGUCAGCUCCAGGUCCCAUGCCAUAUUUGUCAUCACGGUGGAGUGCAGUGAGCGUGGGUCCGAUGGCCAAGACCAUAUCCGAGUAGGCAAGCUUAACCUGGUAGACCUGGCUGGCAGUGAGAGGCAGAACAAGGCAGGUCCUACCACAACUGGAGGGCCAGCCGCACAGCCGGCAGCUGGUGGUGGCGGCGGAGGUGGCGGUGGUAGUGGUGGAGGCAGCAGCGGAGAGAGGCCUAAGGAAGCCUCUAAGAUCAAUCUGUCUCUGUCUGCUCUGGGCAAUGUGAUUGCUGCUCUGGCCGGCAACAGGAGCACCCACAUCCCCUACCGGGACUCCAAACUGACCCGGCUGCUCCAGGACUCACUGGGGGGCAACGCCAAGACCAUCAUGGUGGCCACACUGGGUCCAGCUUCUCACAGCUACGACGAGAGCCUCUCCACCCUGCGCUUCGCAAACCGAGCCAAGAACAUCAAGAACAAACCCCGGGUGAAUGAGGACCCCAAGGACACGCUGCUGAGGGAAUUCCAGGAAGAGAUCGCCCGCUUGAAGGCCCAGCUGGAGAAGAAGGGGAUGCUGGGUAAGCGACCUCGGAGGAAGAGCAGCCGCAGAAAGAAGGCUGUGUCCGCCCCAGCGGGUUACCCGGAGGGGCCAGUGAUUGAGGCCUGGGUGGCCGAAGAAGAAGAUGCCAACAACAACAAUCGCCACCCACCCCAGCCCGUUCUGGAGUCCGGGUUGGAGAAGAACAUGGAGAAUUACCUGCAGGAACAGAAGGAGCGGCUGGAGGAGGAGAAGGCCGCCAUCCAGGACGACCGCAGCCUCGUGAGUGAGGAGAAACAGAAGCUUCUAGAAGAGAAGGAGAAGAUGCUGGAGGAUCUGCGGAGGGAGCAGCAGGCCACAGAGUUGCUUGCAGCCAAGUACAAGGCCAUGGAAAGCAAGCUGCUGAUCGGGGGAAGGAACAUCAUGGAUCACACCAAUGAGCAACAGAAGAUGCUAGAACUGAAGCGGCAGGAGAUUGCUGAGCAGAAACGCCGUGAGCGGGAGAUGCAGCAGGAGAUGCUCCUCCGAGACGAGGAGACCAUGGAGCUGCGUGGUACCUACUCAUCCCUGCAGCAGGAGGUGGAGGUCAAAACCAAGAAACUCAAGAAGCUCUAUGCCAAGCUCCAGGCGGUGAAGGCUGAGAUCCAGGACCAACACGAGGAGUACAUCCGCGUGCGGCAGGACCUGGAAGAGGCGCAGAACGAGCAGACCCGGGAACUCAAGCUCAAGUACCUCAUCAUUGAGAACUUCAUCCCCCCUGAGGAGAAGAACAAGAUCAUGAACAGGCUCUUCCUGGACUGUGACGAGGAGCAGUGGAAGUUCCAGCCACUGGUGCCCGCUGGAGUGAAUAACAGUCAAAUGAAGAAGCGGCCAACUUCUGCAGUGGGCUACAAGAGACCUAUCAGCCAGUAUGCUCGGGUUGCCAUGGCAAUGGGGUCCCAUCCCAGAUACAGGGCUGAAAAUAUAAUGUUUUUGGAAUUGGAUGUUUCUCCACCGGCUAUCUUUGAGAUGGAAUUUUCUCAUGACCAAGAACAAGAUCCACGGGUACUACACAUGGAGAGGCUCAUGAGGUUGGACAGCUUUCUGGAGAGACCUUCCACAUCUAAAGUGCGAAAGUCAAGAUCCUGGUGCCAGAGUCCUCAGCGGCCUCCACCCUCCACCACUCAUGCCUCCGCGGCCUCUGCUCCUCUGCACCCUGCACCAGUGGUAGACCAUGACUGACAGCCUUCAGUCAGGCUGCCCGUCAUACAGACUCCUAGGAUAGGGCAGUCAACCCUGGUUCAUCGCAUCUGAUGCUUGGAGCGUGUGUAUGUGUAUGGUAUGUAUGUAUGCAUGCGUGUGUGUGUGUGUGUGUGUGUGUGUGUGUGUGUGUGCGUGUGUGUGUGUGUGUGUGUGUACUAGUGUGUGUGAAGGGGUGAGAAAAGGGCAGACGGCGCUCUGCCUGUUCUCUGUGUUUCUUUUAUUUAAUUCAUGUUAUUUAUUCAUGGUUAGUGAGGAGAGAUCCCCUCGCCUGAGCUGCCUGGGCCUGCCGUGGUCACUGCAUAGCCUCCUUUUCUUAUGGCUAGGUGGACACCUCAGUCAGGCCCCACGCCCCUCCUCAUGUCCGCUGCCUCCAGAAGGGAAGAUGGUAGUGCCUGAGAAGACAGCACUCCCUUGACCUGUCCAUUCCAUAGUCUCCAUCUUCUUGUCCGAUGGUGAGCAGCCCCUGACGCUUUCUGGGGCUGGGAAGCUGCUGGUGUCCAUUGAGGGCAGGAGGCACCCUAAUGUCGUUGGGCCUGCACCCCAGGGGACUGAGCCCGCUGUGCUCUUUCCCAAGGACUUUCAGUAGCCUCACUGAGACUCAUGCUAAGCUCUCCAGCCUUGCCAGGAACUCAUGGUUUCCCCAGCACCGCUUCAUUGCCGGCCUCCCCCACCCUUGUCCUGGGAAUUGGGAACCAACAGUUGUUCCACCGUGAAAACUGCGGGAAACGGAACGGUGUGGAAACAACAUGGACUGUCAUCAAGGGAAGUCCCCCCUCAGGUCCCUUUGUCUCCUUUGGGACAAACCACCUGUCCUCGUGUGAGGUGUGGCUUCUCCCUGCUUUGAUGACUGUUCCCUGAUGCUUCCGGCCUCAGUCCAUAGUGGAAGGAAUCAGUGUCUUUCUGCCCUUUAUGAAAUGCAGAUAGCAAAAUCCUUUACUUUUCCCCUCUGGCUAGUCUAAGAAACAAACCAGGCACAGUCUUUGCCAGAUUUACCUAUUCCCCCUAUUUCUGAGUCACAUCUUGGGGGUUACUAUUUUGUUGAAAAUUGAUCCAUUCUUUACUACCUGUGUGAACUGGCCCUUCCCCGCCCUCCUUUGUGACAGGUAUUGCAAGUGAUAAGUAAAUUUCUAUUUUAAAAAGUUAA